CUGCUGCUAGCCCUGCUACUAGUAGUUGUUUGUUUCCAUCAUCCAUCAUCAAUCGUAUUCUCUAUUAUUAUUAUUAUUAUUAUUAUUAUUAUUAUCAGGGGUUGUUCUAUGUUGAUCGAUCUCCUGCUGCCGAUGCUUCCAUAAUGCUGUGCGAUUGAGAUAUGAAGGAUGGGAUUGGAAUCGGUUGGUGGCUUCCUGGGCUUAAUUGGUCACUUCUGUAAUUCUUUUAUUUAAUUUAAUGGAGGGCAUCGAGCAAGUAGCUUGAUUUUGGGGUUUUGGACCAUGGAUGAGCUCAAUCCUACUUCUGCCUCUUCCUGGCGUCCCAGCCAGCUCCUCUUUACUCCAUAUGAACCACAACCAGAACCAGCCAGCACCAAGUCCCAACCUUUACGCGUUACCAGAAGACCGCUUGUGGCAAGAUUAACUAAGGGCAUAGUUGAAACAUACCAAAUCUGCAAUCCACUGUUUAAGUAUUCAGAAGAACUGAAUCCAAAGAGAUAUUUGACCAGCCCAUCAAGUGGAGUAAACAAUGAAGGCCUUGAUAAUGUUAACUCGGAUCUUAUUCUGACUGUUAACUUUGUCCUGGUCAAUUUAGACGUGCACAGAAGAUACAUCGUCAAAGAUGUUCUCGGCCAUGGAACAUUUGGCCAGGUUGCUAAAUGCUGGGUUCCAGAGAAUAAUAGUUUUGUUGCUGUGAAGAUCAUUAAAAAUCAACCAGCAUACUAUCAACAGGCACUUGUUGAAGUUUCCAUUUUGACAACGUUAAACAAGAAAUAUGAUCCUGAGGACAAGCAUCACAUUGUUCGUAUUUAUGAUUACUUUGUAUAUCAUCGUCAUUUGUGCAUUUCUUUUGAACUGCUUGAUACUAACCUGUACGAGCUUAUCAAGAUAAAUCAUUUCAGGGGGCUGUCCUUGACCAUCGUCCAAUUAUUUUCUAAACAAAUUCUACAUGGGUUAGCCCUGUUAAAGGAUGCUGGGAUAAUUCACUGUGAUCUGAAGCCUGAAAACAUUCUUUUAUGCACAAGUAUUAAGCCGGCAGAAAUUAAAAUUAUUGACUUUGGAUCCGCAUGCAUGGAAGAUCGAACUGUUUACUCCUACAUUCAGAGUCGUUACUACAGGUCUCCUGAAGUCCUGCUUGGUUAUCAAUAUACUACUGCUAUCGAUAUGUGGUCCUUUGGAUGCAUAGUUGCUGAAUUGUUUCUGGGAUUGCCAUUAUUUCCGGGAGCUUCAGAAUUUGACCUCCUAAGGAGAAUGAUUGAAAUACUUGGAGAGCAACCCCCUGAUUAUGUACUCAAGGAGGCUAAAAACACAAGCAAGUUCUUUAAGUGCAUCCGAAGUAUGCACAGUAGGGAGAACGGAGAUUUUUCUGCAACUGGCAAAAGUUCAUAUCAAGCUUUAACAGAGGAAGAAUAUGAAGCUAGAGAACUGAAAAGACCAACAAUUGGAAAGGAGUAUUUUAAACACAUGAACCUUGAAGAAAUUGUCACACAGUAUCCGUAUCGGAAGAACUUGCCCCAGGAAGACAUGGUUAAAGAAAGUCAGAUACGAUUAGCUUUGGUUGAUUUUUUGAGGGGCCUUGUUGAAUUUGAUCCUUCAAAACGCUGGUCACCUUUUCAGGCUUCAAGACACCCUUUUGUUACAGGGGAACCUUUUACUUGCCCUUAUCAACCUCCAGCAGAGACUCCUCGCAUGCCUGUUGCUCAAAACAUAAGGGUAGAUCAUCAUCCUGGUGGUGGACAUUGGUUUGCUGCUGGUCUCUCUCCUAAUAUUCUAGGCAGAAACAGGAUAUCCAUGCAUAGCAGCCCACAUUUUCAGGUGUUGCCACCAUAUGCACCCACUAACAGCUAUGGCAGUGUAGGAAGUCAUGGCAGUUAUAAUGAUGGUACCGGACUUGGAAGCAGCUACGGAAGCUAUGGGGAUACUGGCAAUAUGUUUGCUUAUUAUUCACCUGUUGGUCCAUCUGGGAUGAACAUGCAUGCUCAAGGCAACGCAUCAAUGCUUGGAAGUAGUCCUGACGCAAGACGGAGGAUUAUUCCAUAUUCACAUGGAAAUGGACUUGGUAUGAGCCCUUCAGCAGGAAGUUUUGCUCCGCUGCCCCUAGGUACUAGUCCUUCACAGUUUACUCCACCAGGUUCCUAUGGUCAAGUUUCUACUGGCUCCCCAGGGCAUUAUGGUCCAACCUCUCCAGCAAGAGGCAGUUGUCACGGAUCACCUUUAGGAAAGAUGGCUGCAGUUAGUCAGUUCAAUAGAAGAAAAGGUUGGGGUUAUCCUGGCGGUUCUCAAACUCAGGAGAGUUCGUCUUCACAUUGGCAAGGUCAAACCAAUGAUGGCAUCAGUUCUGGCAAAGCUGAGGGGAAUUCUCAAAUAGUUAGUGGUUCCCCAUCACAUCUGCCUGUAAGUUCUAGUGCUGGAAGUUGGAAACACCAGCGAGGAGGCAGUGGAAGUUCUGCUGGCUACUUAGCCAAUCCUAAUAUGCCAGGCUCCCUAAAGGUUGGUUCCAAUAUCCCAAAGACCACAGGACUGGCUCAUGAUAAUACAGAGGCUAGCCUGUCAUUGCCUGAUCCUGGGGAUUGGGAUCCCAAUUAUAGUGAUGAACUUCUGCUGCAAGAAGAUGGUUCGGAUACAAACCGCUUGAUUGCUGAGUUCAGCAAUAGCAUGCAUCUUAAUUCCGCAGAAACAUUGGGUGGGGUUGGAAGAUUCAGCAGCAUGUCAAGUACAAGCUCAGGUGUUUCCUUACACAGACAAAGUGGCCCAAUUCAAUCAUUCUCGCAUGCAGUGGUGGGUAGCCCUCCAACUGGUGAACCACUCGCUGGAUUUGUGCAUUUGUCUAAACCUCCUCAUUUCAUGCCUCAUAUAUCGCAAAAUUCUCCAAGCCGUUUGGGCCAGCAACCGCAGCGGUUCAAUCAUGGAAGACCAAACAAUUCUCGGAAUAAUGAUUGGAAUCAUAUGAAGGUGCAGCCCCCUCCUCCCAAUUUUAACAUUGGAGGCCCACAUUCUCCAGGAAAUAGCUCAUUCAGCAAUGGUGCGCCUUGGGGGCUUAGAGCCAGUCAUCCAGCCAUUAGCGUUCCACCGGCAUCACGUGGACGAAAGGACUAUGGACGAAUUAUCUGAUGUUGGAAUUUUUUUUUUCACUGUCAAAGAUCAGAUUCGGACAGUUGGCAGGAACAAUGUGCUUGCAAAAUAUAGUUUGUGGUUAAUGAGUAUCUUGUGUUCUUGUUAUGAAGCGUGCAACUAUUAUUAUUU